CAACUCCCACUUUUUGAGGCUCACUAGGAGGCCUCAUGCUUGUAUCAGACUGUUAUCUGAGUGCCUUGACCUGCUGGACAUGUAAACUGAGAGAACGUACACUUGUGCAAAUGACUUAGUGAAAAAGCGAGUCCUUGAUGUGAGAAAGUGGAUUCUGAAUUACCUGCAAUUUUUUUUUAAAACUUGGUCUGUGUUGUAACAAGCUGUUGUUGCAGACCAGUCUGAUUUUAAUUAAUCAUUGAUCAGUUUUCAUAAGACUGAGCUGAUCGGAUUGUGGAUCAAACCUCGAGAGACCUUGUCAGCUAAUCCGCACUGAGGAACUCAUACACAUUAAACCUCACCUACCAUUGCAACAUUGUCUGUGUAAAUUCAUCAAAUCACGGUAGCUGAGCGUGUUUCAACCAGGCACAUCUUUCCAUUGGUCAAUAACACUGCGCAGCCUCCUGAUUGGCCGUCUGACCUAAUGAACUACAUAAGGUGAAAAGACAGAGGAAUUAGUUAAAAAGAUCAUGUAUGUCUCUGCAGUGAUCUGGGUUGUCCUUACAUCAGGUGCACUAUGUUUGGAGAACAGUAACAACAAUGAAACUCCAGUGCAACCAGACACAGCUGGUGUAGAAACGAACACUAAUCCACACGCAGGGGAGGAGGUGAAUCAGACCCUAGGUGAGAGGGAAUCUGUUGAUAAUGCUGCGAAUGCAGGAGGUACACCCAUCCAUCCCUCUGGGGGGCAACAUCAAGUGCCUCUCUUCCAGCAUCCGGGGCAACUCAAUCCCAACAGGCAAGAACCUGCUGAGGGGCACGAGAGACCCGAUGUGUCAGGCCUUCAUGAAGGUCACGAGCCAACACCGUCUGGGCAACAACCUGGAAACAGUAACGGCAACAGCUCAACAGCACACUAUCUUCAUUCAGGUCCUGCCCAGACCAACAACCCAGUGUUAGUCAUACCCGUGACCUUGGCUGCAGGUGGACGGAAUCUUAUUACUGCUUCCCACCAAGCCACACCGACUGAAGGACCUGUGGAAAUGACACAAAGAAGUUUAACUGUCACUGCCAGACCAACAACAGAACCACAAAGUUCUAGAAGGCCUUCUGCUGUACCUACUUCACUUGUUCCUGUGGGGCGACCAACUGCGGGUGCAACCGCCCGAACUCCAAGGGAUACACAACCUCCAGAGACUUUGCCCACAGCAACCCAAGCUCCAAUUGUCCCAGAUAUUCUUAUGAGCACAUUAAGGGGUUUUGCAUCCACAAGGCUCCAAGGAUCCUCAGAGAGUUUUGCAACCACAUUUGAGCCUUUGCCUGAUAGCUCUACAGGAUCUGCAAGAGUUGGUACAUCUGAGGCAAUGAAUGCUCAAAUACCAGACAUGACAGCUGAGUUGAGUAACUCAACCCGAAUGAUAACACAACAAACUCCACUUCCUGUUUCCAUAGCAACGGAGGAUCCAAAUGUUACCAAUGACAACACAACAGGGUUGUCUCAGACAGGGACUGUCCUGACAUCUAUCCGAACAACAGCACAAGCCACGGGAACAGGGGGCCCUGGACCUACAGAGGAGAAGACCUUAGAUCCACGAGAUAAUGAGACAGUGUAUGGAGACUGGACAACUCCGUCCCCAGGGACGGGAGGAGAGCAGCCACCAACCGAAGUGAUCAGCCCUACGCCUUCUAGUUCAUGGACAACAACUACUAGUGCAGAUGAAAACCAUGUUGACAAGCCCGUAUCUAGUAGCAGUGGGAUGUCCCAAGGGUCCGCUGUAAUACCCAGCAGAUCGAUUCCCAGUGUGGUUGUUUCACCAGACCCACUGAACACCUUUACAGUGGAAGAGACGGAGGUACCAGUAGAUGGGUACACACAUCUGGUUGUGACUCCCACUGAAGCCACACUUCAACCAAGUCAGGUGGUAGAGGUCACCAGCGAAAUCACAUUUUCGUCGUCACUGAAAAGUGUUACCAAGAUCUCAGACAAGUUAGGCAGCAAAACUACAUCGUUACCUGUGCUUAGUAGAACAUAUGAUAUAAGCCCGUCCACAUCUAUGUCAACACAAGUCAUCCCAACAACAAUACAAAUCUCUACCACAGAGACAUUUGAGCUGACAACUCCUGGCAUUUUGCCAACGGCAGGUGUCUCGGAGGAAUCGCCAGAGCCCACUGCAGAGGCUGCUGAAGUCUCAAGUGCCGACAGCAGAAACGGGUCUGAAAUGGUCACUGCCGAAAUCCACAGAGAAGUCUCGGAGAACGUGAGCGAAUCUAGUGCCUAUAACAACACGGAGGAACCGGAGUUGACGACCGUACCCAAAACAACACUGUUUAAGCUUCUUAUUUCAUCUCUUUCUCCAGACUCCUCAAAGGUGGUAACCAUACCCAAGACAACAUUGACAACAGGUGGAGCGGCCACGACCGUCUCAAACAACACAACAGAAGCGACCACCUCUGCAAGUGGUGGGAUUCCUCCGAGUGCCCCUACCCUUCCUCCGAACACGGAUCCCCCACUGUACAUAAAGCUAGGGUUAGAGAUGACCUGGAAUGACUUCUGUCAGUCCCACAGCCACUUCCUGAGGGAGCUGGUGGAAGUGAUCGGAGUGCAGGCCGGGAAGGUGAUCCACGAGCGACAGGUGAUCUUCCUGGACCAGGAGCAGAGGGAGUGUCGCAGUGACCCAGUACAGGUGUCAGAGGACAUCAUGAUCCGUCUGUACAUCUCAGAUCAGGAUGGCCAGUACAAUGCUGUCCUCACUGAGGAGGUGGGGCAGGUCAUACAAGAGGGAUUCAAUGCCAUUUCUAACUCACGCUUCAAAGAUAAGGUGAAAGAAGUGCGCUUAGUAAGGAAACAGUCCCCAUCUGAGACACAACCCUCUGUGGAGCCAGUUGAGCCAGGGGUCACCAUUGCAAUUGUCAUCGCCUCUGUGGGAGGGGUCUGUUGUGUGGCUGUACUCCUACUGCAGGUUGUUUUACGGAGGCGUCACGGGAGAAAGAUGACAGCAUUUGUGCCCGGUACUAGACAGUUUUCCAUCAGGAGCGUGGACUCCAUAGCAUUAAACCGAGUCAAGUCCCGACCCCACAGUGGCUUCUACAACCCGGGUCUUGAGUCUGGAGAAGUGGUCACCAAGUCACUGCCUGUCAACUUUGCUGGUCUGGCCAACUUCUCAGCUGAUGUGGAACCUCUCUAUGAACAGUUUCAGCUAUUACCCAGCAAUACUCCCAGUUUGUCUGAUGUUCCAGUGGGUUGUGAAGAGAAGAACAGAUAUGCUAAUGUACUGCCAUUUCCUGAAACUCGAGUUCGACUGUCUAUAAUAUCAAAGGAUCCCACCUGUGACUAUAUCAAUGCUAACUACAUCACUGGUUACAAAGAGAAGUCACGGGCGUACAUUGCCACCCAGGCGCCUCUGAAGUGUACGAUCGUGGACUUCUGGAGGAUGAUGUGGGAGCAGCAAAGUAGAGCUAUUAUCAUGUUAACUCCCCUGGAGGAGCACGGAUUGUCUAAAUGUGCCGAGUACUGGCCAGACACUGAGGGUGUUGACACAAAGAGGUUGUACGGGGACUAUCAGGUGGAACUGAAGAAGAAAGAGAUCCGGCCUGAGUAUAUCAUCUCUACGCUUGUCCUAAAAUACAUGGAUAGGAACCUAACGAGGGAGAUCAAACACUUAUGGUUCACCAACUGGCCACAGAGUAACAACCCAGAUCCCAUCACACUAAUCCAUUUUAUUCAGGAAAUACGGCCUUUUUAUGAGGAGCAUACUUCACCUGUCGUCGUCCACUGCAGCCCGGGGACGGGACGGACUGGCACACUGAUAGCCAUUGACAUCUGUAUGAGGAUGUACAAGGACACACGAACUGUGGACAUCUUGAAGUGUGUGUCAGAGAUGAGACAUGAGAGAGCAGGGGUGGUGCAGACAAGAGAGCAAUAUGCACUCAUAUACAAGGCACUAAAUGAGUAUGCUGUCCAGCUAAGUAGUCCCACUCCAUCCAAGGCCUCGUCAUCUAUAUCUCUACACACGCUGUGAGGAGAGGGGCAAAAUGACCUGUGAAAAUCCAAGACCAAACUUCUGUGGAGGAAGGAUGUAAAUGUCAUCAGGGGGUUGUCCAAAUCCCCCCAAAAUGGACACCUUCUUUCUAGGUUCUGCCAAAUUUGGACACCCUCAGUAUUGAAUUGGACAGCUUCUGCACGGAAUUGGACCUGUGUUAUCCAGACUGCCACAACAUGUGACCAGUUCUUUGUGUCUAAAUGCACACUCCAAGGAGGAGAUCUGUACAAGCACUGCGAAAGCUGUGUAUUCUGACUGCGACUUAUCACUGGAGACCUACAGUACAUUGCAUUCUGGUUUUUGUGUUCUAUAGUCCUGUGUGGGAAAUCCAAGGGUAUAAUGACAGCUGGUAAAAACUGACAUUGCUGGUCCUUUCAUCGGCCUGUUGUUAUAUACAUGGUAUAUUUGUAUACAGUGUUCCGGGGAUACAUUUAUUUGUACAUCCUAAAAAUAGGAAUUUUUCUUC